AUGCAUCAACAUCCUCGCCCGUCGCCGCGGAGCUCGACUCCGGCGACCAACCCAUCGACGAACCCGGAACGCACCAACAACCCGAGAGAACAGCCGCCGACUCGCAACAGAUCGAGCGUGGACUUGACGGCGUAUACUGAAAGAGCUGGUGGUGAGGCCGGUAUGGCUGCUCGUACGGAGGGUGCGGCCAGCGGCAGCUCUGAUAAGGAGAAUGUGCGGCUCAAUCAGAUCAUACAGCAAUUCCACACCAAGUCAGCCUUGAUGAUUUGUGGCUCUCGAGCCAGUCUACCUCCGGCAUAUCUGAAAACGGGAGAGCGACGUCAGAACAGAUGGUUCAAUAUCGUGGUUGACGAGACAGACGUGCUGGCCAACGAUCUCCAGGAGUGGCGAAGAGUCGAUCUCUACAUGGAGAGACCGUCCCCUAUGGUGAUUGAGAUCUAUCUUGAUACGUCCCAUCUGCCUCACAAUCAGGCCCUGCUGUGUGUCGACGAGAGUGGUAGGCCCAGAGAGGUGGCUUCAGCUUCGAGCAGAGACGGUAGCCCGGCGCCGUUCAGGGGCGGGAAGAGGUAUCCUGAGAUCGUUCUGGAGCGCUGGACGAUUGAGCUGGGGGAUCGUGCAAUGCUGUCCAACAAAGAGCUGGACGAGCCCUUGCCCAGCGUGUACAAGAAGGGGGUGGUGGCGUUCAGAUCGCUCUACAGCUUUCUGCGGAUGCUGCCGGCGUGGAGGCUAUAUCGUCAGCUUGGCAGGCAGCCUGGUAGCUCACAGGCUCUUCGCAUGAAGUUUCGGAUCCGACAAGCACACGAACUCAAUUACGACAAGCACGACGACCCACUGACGAGACCACUCUUCGCACCACGAGAACAGCAAGCACCACACUAUGGACUACGAGGAGCGCAGCCUGCCCGAGAGUCAACUCAACAUCGGCAGCAGACACUAUCAGAUCUCCCUACGCCUGCUGGAGCACUGCAAGCGCGUGUUGACCUCCGCAGCCUAUGUGAUUUUACUGUUGCUAGCAGUGAGAGUGUUAUUUCUGCCGCUCUCUUGAGCUCAGACGAGCGCUACCUAACAGCACAAAGCGGCCGCUCUUUGCCAGGAAACCGCUCAGAGCAGCGUCGCGAGCAGUACAGCAGCACAGCGGUUCCUACGACAACGCGAGAACGCCCGAGAGGCCUGCUAGGAGCAUACGGCAGCCUUGGAACAGUUCACGCAACAGACAGACGCAGCUCAGCAGUCGCAGAUACAAGACAGCGAGCACAAGAAGCAGACACGGAAGAAGACGACGCGAUGAAACGCGUCGGCGCGCUCAGAGAAGAGGCUGGCACCUCGCCCAUGCCGCCUGGAUACUUCAAGAAUGGCCCCAUGAACCCAAACCCCUCUCCUCGCCAAAAAGACUCUCCCCUCUCGAAGCUGGGAUCUCUCGCCACAUCGCCACGUCCUACGCCAUCGCCUCGUCCGUCACCAAACCCCAUCUACCCACCGUCACCACAAUACGCCAGCGGCUCAGCAUCCAGCAGCAAGCGGACCUCACUCAAUGCCCUGCCACAGCAACAACUCCGAAACCCCUCCCUCUCCAACGAAGUCGCCGUCGCCUCUUCCGGUUCCUCCUCGCCCAAGCCCGCACCCGUCCGCUACAGCAGCAGCUUCGCCAACCGCCCAAGACGCUGGACAUCAAGCAGCAAGGCAGGCGAAAGCAACACCUCCUCCGGCCGCGGCAGCAGUGACUCCAAAGAAAAGCUCAGUCACCUGCAGGAAGGCACGCCCGGCAGCAGCGGCAGCGGCAAGACCGACGACGAGGACAUCGCGUCCUUCAUCUCCGACCUCGAGCGCUCCAAGGACACGCGCUUCGCCUCGCCGCCCCCCUCCUCCGCCGCCCCGUCCCGCGGCGGCGGCCACGUCGUCAACCUGGGCAAGUACAGCGCGCUGAAGACGGACAGCUCGGCGCUCGCGGAGGAGAUGAGCAGCUCCUCGCUCAUCCAAAGCACGCCGCCCUCCCGACGCUUGUCGAAUGUGCCCGGGCUGUCCGUCUCGUCGUCGCCGUCGCGCGUGCAGCCGCACGCGCCGCACGUGCGUUCUCGGCUGUCGACACACAGCAUUGUGGAGGAGUCGGCGGGUGCGGUGGGGGCUUCGGGGUCGUCGGGGCAGAGAACGGGGAUGCUGGAAGAGGAGGAGGACGAUGAGUUGCCCUUCCUCUUCCAGCAUGAUGAUGAUUGA